UAUCAUAUCUUAUUACUCUUGUUUUAGUUGAGCCUUCUUUGUCAAGCAAAACAUGACUAUCCUUGUUGCCCAAACUGAGCAUGGUGCAGAAGUGGGGAAAAAGAAGGGAAGUUCUAAUGGUGGAUUUGCUGUGCCUGGAAACAAUGCAUUUGGCAACUCAUUCAGGGAUUAUAAUGCAGAAACUGAACGGCAAAAGAUUGUAACUGAACUCUAUCGCCAAAGCCACAUUAACCAAACAUAUGAUUUUGUGAAAAAGAUGAGGGAAGAAUAUGGAAAGUUGAAUAAAGUUGAGAUGAGCAUAUGGGAAUGUUGUGAACUUUUGAAUGAAGUUGUGGAUGAUAGUGAUCCUGAUUUGGAUGAACCACAAAUUGAGCAUUUGUUGCAAACUGCUGAAGCUAUUAGAAAGGAUUAUCCUAAUGACGAUUGGUUGCACUUGACUGGUCUUAUUCAUGAUCUUGGUAAAGUUCUUCUACUUCCCAGCUUUGGAGGGCUUCCUCAAUGGGCUGUUGUUGGUGAUACAUUUCCCCUUGGCUGUGCUUUUGAUGAAUCAAUUGUGCUUCAUGAGCAAUUGAAGGAAAAUCCUGAUAACAGCAAUCCAGCUUACAACACAAAAUAUGGAGUUUAUUCUGAAGGAUGUGGGCUUGAAAAUGUGGUGACGUCUUGGGGACAUGAUGACUAUAUGUACUUGGUGGCUAAGGAAAACAAAACUACUCUUCCUUCGGCUGCAUUGUUCAUCAUCCGAUACCAUUCCUUCUAUCCUCUGCACAGGGGAGGGGCAUAUACUCACUUGAUGAAUAAAGAGGAUCGUGAAAACCUGAAAUGGCUUAAAAUCUUCAGCAAGUAUGAUCUUUAUAGCAAGAGCAAAUUUAGGAUUGAUGUGGAGAAAGUGAAACCUUAUUACAUGUCUCUCAUUAAGAAGGUAAAUUUUCAUUUGCCAUUUACUAUUUACUCCUCAAUCGGUAAGUUGGAAUUGACUAUAUGAAUCCACACUGAUCAUGUCCGAUUGCCCGUUUCAUAUAAUCUCUUCAUUCUGCUUUACUAAACUACAAAAAAAAAACAUUUUGAUCGCAGUACUUUCCAG